AAAAUAUCGAAAUUAUAAUACAGCCGAUGGCAAAGCUGAUAGUAUAUCUUGCUUUUUUCAUCUGUUGCCAAGCUGCAGGCCAAAACGCAGCUGGAGGAGGAGGAGUGGGUGGAGCAGCAGUUGCAGAGGUUAUCACAGAUUAUAAAGCUGAUAAGUUAUGGGAAGAUGGUCGAUUAAUAGUGACGACAAAAGUAGAAGAAUCAAUGCUGAUGAAUUAUGGCAUAGUGGAAGAUGGAAGAUCGUUUAUUUUGGAGGAUAAACCGUUUUUGUUUGUGGGGAAUUCUCUUGACUUAAUAAAAUGAAGUCAGGAGAGCUGUAGAUGUACAAGUGAUAAAGAUUGAUGAUCACAGUCAUUGAUUUGAAUAACCAAAGGCAUAACUGCAGAGAAUGCAAAAUUGUGAU